AGUCGUAGGAGCAAGCACAGUUGAAGGAUGAGAAAGGCUGGGCUAGGAGCUCUGCUCUGGAGACUCUUCUUCCUCUCAGACCUCCAAGUUGCAGCUGAAUCUGAAGAAAAGUAUGUGCUAUUUGAGGGGCAGACCCUACAGGCAAGCUGUCCCUUCACCAUCUGGAAGCAUGCCAACAGUCGGAUGGCUUUGCAGAGGCUGAUAGAAGGAAUGGAGCCCCGGACCCUGGCAAUCACAGAGAAGCCAUCAGGGGUGACCAGUAAAGUCCAGGAGGGAAGGUACUUCCUGGAAGCCAUCUACAAUGAAGCCAUCCUGAAUGUCCAUGUGAGCAACCUGCGCGUGGAGGACACAGGGCUCUAUCGGUGUGUGAUCUUCCAUCCCCUCAAGGAACCUUAUGUUCUGACUCCCCUGAUACGCUUAGAAGUGAUCAAAGAUCCUUCAAGUACUUCUGCUCCAAAUAAGGAGAUUAUUGAAAAUGUGUCUCAUAAAUCCACUCUUUCUUCUACCAUCUCCACACUCUCAGAUAAGGAUCUUGGGACUGUGACCCAACUCCCACCCACAUCAACUGUUCGAAUUUUCUCUCCUGGACUUGGAGUCACUCUUACAAAUGUGACAGAUGCUAGAAGGGUCUCAAUGGUCAACAUUAUCCUUCCUGUUGUAUAUGGACUCCUGAGCAAGAUCCUGGUCUUCACUGCUUUAUGGAUUGUCACGCAGAGAUCAUUUGCUAUCUAG